AUGGCAGGUCGAAUAGGGGUUCGAUAUACUGAACAGUGUCUUGAUCUAGAAAAACGGCUUAAAUUAUUUUUUGAAAGACUAGAAGCAUACGCAACCCUCACAGUACAGCCGAUUAAUUAUCAAAAAACAGAAGCUCUUUGGUCUGCUCGAGCCUUAGGACCUCCAAGAUUCGAUAUUUUUUCUGGCGAGCACAAAAUUAACUGGGUUAAGGCAUUUAAGUAUUUAGGAUACUGGAUAACACCGAAACUAGGAUGGGGAACUAUGAUCAAAAAAUACAUGACUAAUGUUCGACAGCGCGUAGCAAUGCGUGUUACUCGUAAAUUGCAAUGGUCGGAUUCUUUCUUCGCGUUUGUUCUCAAUGAGAUAUCCCUGGAGGAUCGAUGUCAUCGCUAUCGGGAGAAAUAUUGGGCUGCUCUGGCGGAAUCUACCGACGGCGAUCUUUUAUUUGAACAAGCAAAUCUUAAUGAAUUUCGAAGAGGUUGGAUAGAUGAGGAAAAUUCAAUCAGAUGUCUGAGAAAAUCUAAAAGUUCCGAUGAAAACGUUAAAUAUAGACUAAAUUCAAGCUUGGAUACUGAUAGUGGCACUAAUAAUUAUUACACUGAUGACAGUGAUGAUUAUGAGGGUAAAGUCGAUAAUUUAUCAGUAGACUUAGCUGGUGAUAUAUCUGACGACGUUGAUUUAGGUAUUAAAGAAGUAGUUGAUGAUGGUGCAAUGGGUGAAGGCAAAUGGAUACAAGAUGACCUUGUAGAUGUACCAGAUUUUAUGAUUGUAAUGAAGGAUAAAGCAACAACAACUGAUAAGUAUUAUAUUAUUACGCAACGAGUAGAUUGUGAUUUAACACGUUAUAUUGAAGAGAAAGUAAAUACAUUUACUCCUUUUAGUAUUAAUAAUAUGAUUAUUCAAAUUAUUAAUGGUUUGAAAUACAUUCAUGAUGAUGUUGGAUUAAUCCAUCGUGAUAUGAAACCUCCUAAUAUUUUAGUGGAAAAAAAUAAACCAUCAUUUCUUAUAGCUGAUUUUGGCUUUGCUCAUCGUGAACCAAUGUCUAUCAAAGGUACACGUGGUUAUUUUGCACCUGAACUUUUAUCAUCGUAUGGAUUAAUAACUGAAAAAUCAGAUAUUUAUUCACUAGGUGUUAUUAUUAGAAAUAUUCUUGAAGAAUCAAAUAGUAUCGUACAGUAUAGUGCAGACGUAGAAUCGUUUCGGAAUUUGCUUGAUUUUGAAAAUGAAGUAGAGGAAUUAGAACAACUUGAAGAUAUAUUAAACAGAUUACAGCAAACCAGUUAUAAUGGUAAAUAUAAUUAUGAUAUACAACUGAUGACAUCAGCGGCUGAAAACUUUCUUGAAACAUAUUUUGAUCAAAUGAAAAUGACUGAAUUGCAGAAACGUAUUAAUUUUGGGAAUUCAGUUCAAAACCUGAUUGAUCCAAUUAAACAAAACUGGAAUCAAAUAUUAAUGAUAAAAAUAUGUGUAUAG